AUGGGUUCGCAAGUUCAAAAGAGCGAUGAGAUAACCUUCUCAGACUACCUGGGCCUCAUGACUUGCGUCUAUGAGUGGGCAGACAGCUACGACUCCAAGGACUGGGAUAGGCUGCGAAAGGUCAUUGCGCCUACUCUGCGCAUUGACUACCGCUCCUUCCUCGACAAGCUCUGGGAGGCAAUGCCGGCCGAGGAGUUCGUCGGCAUGGUCUCGAGCAAGCAGGUGCUGGGCGACCCCACCCUCCGCACGCAGCACUUCAUCGGCGGCACGCGCUGGGAGAAGGUGUCCGAGGACGAGGUCAUCGGCUACCACCAGCUGCGCGUCCCGCACCAGAGGUACAAGGACACCACCAUGAAGGAGGUCACCAUGAAGGGCCACGCCCACUCGGCAAACCUUCACUGGUACAAGAAGAUCGACGGCGUCUGGAAGUUCGCCGGCCUCAAGCCCGACAUCCGCUGGGGCGAGUUCGACUUUGACAGGAUCUUUGAGGACGGACGGGAGACCUUUGGCGACAAAUAA